AUGUGGGCCCCAGGGUGCAGCCGGCUCUGGUCCCGCUGCGCGCAGGCGGCAGUGCUCCUGCUGCUGUUUGGGGUGCCCCCGAGGGGCCUGGCACUACCGCCCAUCCGCUAUUCCCACGCUGGCAUCUGCCCCAACGACAUGAACCCCAACCUCUGGGUGGAUGCCCAGAGCACCUGCAAGCGGGAGUGUGAGACGGACCAGGAGUGCGAGACCUAUGAGAAGUGCUGCCCCAAUGUGUGUGGGACCAAGAGCUGCGUGGCCGCCCGGUAUAUGGACGUGAAGGGCAAGAAAGGCCCAGUAGGCAUGCCCAAGGAGGCCACCUGCGACCACUUCAUGUGUCUGCAGCAGGGCUCCGAGUGCGACAUCUGGGACGGCCAGCCCGUGUGUAAAUGCAAAGACCGUUGUGAGAAGGAGCCCAGCUUCACGUGCGCGUCCGACGGCCUCACGUACUAUAAUCGUUGUUACAUGGACGCCGAGGCCUGCUCCAAGGGCAUCACGCUGGCUGUCGUCACCUGCCGCUAUCACUUCACCUGGCCCCACACCAGUCCCCCGCCGCCCGAGACCACCGUGCGCCCCACCACGGCCUCCCCGGAGACCCCAGGGCUGGAUACAGUGGCCCCGGCCCUGCUCAACCACCCCGUGCACCAGUCGGUCACCGUGGGCGAGACUGUGAGCUUCCUCUGUGACGUGGUGGGCCGGCCCCGGCCGGAGAUCACCUGGGAAAAGCAGCUGGAAGACCGGGAGAACGUGGUCAUGCGGCCGAACCACGUGCGCGGCAACGUGGUGGUCACCAACAUCGCCCAGCUGGUCAUCUACAGCGCCCAGCCCCAGGACGCCGGCAUCUACACCUGCACGGCCCGCAACGCCGCCGGGGUCCUGCGCGCCGACUUCCCGCUGUCCGUGGUCCGCGCGGGUCAGGCGGUGGCCACGGCGGAGAGCAGCCCCAACGGCACGGCUUUCCCCGCCGCCGAGUGCCUCGAGCCCCCCGACAGCGAGGACUGCGGGGAGGAGCAGACCCGCUGGCACUUCGAUGCGCAGGCCAACAACUGCCUCACCUUCACCUUCGGCCACUGCCACCGCAACCGGAACCACUUUGAGACCUACGAGGCCUGCAUGCUGGCCUGCAUGAGCGGGCCGCUGGCCGUGUGCAGCCUGCCCGCCCUGCAGGGCCCCUGCAAGGCCUACGCGCCCCGCUGGGCCUACAACGGCCAGACCGGCCAGUGCCAGUCCUUCGUCUACGGCGGCUGCGAGGGCAACGGCAACAACUUCGAGAGCCGGGAGGCCUGCGAGGAGUCCUGCCCCUUCCCUCGGGGCCACCAGCGCUGCCGGGCCUGCAAGCCGCGGCAGAAGCUCGUCACCAGCUUCUGUCGGAGCGACUUCGUCAUCCUGGGCCGCGUGUCCGAGCUGACCGAGGAACCCGAUGCGGGGCGCGCCCUGGUGACCGUGGACGAGGUGCUCAAGGAUGAGAAGAUGGGCCUCAAGUUCCUGGGCCGGGAGCCGCUGGAGGUCACCCUGCUCCACGUGGACUGGAGCUGCCCCUGCCCCAACGUGACGGCGGGCGAGACGCCGCUCAUCAUCAUGGGCGAGGUGGACGGCGGCAUGGCUGUGCUGCGGCCAGAGAGUUUCGUGGGCGCGUCCAGCAGCCGGCGGGUCAGGAAGCUGCGUGAGGUCCUGCACAAGAAGACCUGCGAUGUCCUCAAGGAGUUUCUGGGCUUGCACUGAAGCCCCGCUUCCCCUCCGCCCCUCUCUGGUCCCCUCCCUG